UGUGACCGCAGGAGGACAGAGAGAGAGGAAGAGAGGGACAGAGAGCAAAGGCAUCAAAGGGUACACCAAUCUGCACUAAAAGGCUACAGAACUUGUUUGCUUGUCUCUCUCAAAGACUGUGAGGUCUGAUUCCAUCAGACACCGUCGACCACCCUUUCCUCUUCUGCCUGCUUUUCUACUCCUUGCAACCAUGGCACCCACUCUGGCCACAGCAUUUGCCCGUCGUUGGUGGAUGGCAGUAACAGCCAUCAUUGAAAAUCUGCUGUUCUCUGCCGUGCUGCUGGGCUGGGGUUCCUUACUCAUCAUGCUGAAGUCUGAGGGCUUUUAUUCAUACCUCUGCACAGAUCCAGGAAACACCUCAAUGGCAAACUUCUCCUUACCAGCUGUGCCUUCAUCGCUGUCAAAUGAUCCAGAUUAUGAAUAUGACGAGUUCAAGCCCUCCAGUCGCGAUGAUGGGGUUGAAGUGAUCCCUCUAAAGCAUCCAGAAGACCACCUGAGGAUGAACGGCUGGCUCAUCUGUAAAGAACAAGAUGAGAUGUUGAAUUUGGCCUUCACUGUGGGCUCCUUCCUCCUCAGCGCCAUCACACUACCUCUCGGGAUCGUCAUGGACAAAUACGGACCACGCAAACUCCGCCUGCUCGGAAGUGCCUGUUUUGCCCUCUCGUGCCUUAUGAUUGCUUAUGGAGCCAGCAACCCAAAUGAACUCUCCGUCCUGAUCUUCAUCGCUCUGACCUUUAAUGGCUUUGGAGGAAUGUGUAUGACCUUCACUUCACUUACGUUGCCCAACAUGUUUGGUGACCUGCGUGCGACCUUCAUCGCACUCAUGAUCGGCUCAUACGCUUCCUCUGCCGUCACCUUUCCAGGGGUUAAGGUGAUCUAUGAUCUGGGUGUGACCUUCAUCAUGAUCCUGGUGGUCUGGGCUGGUUGUGCAGGCCUCGUCUUCAUCAACUGCUUCUUCAACUGGCCCCUGGAGCCUUUCCCUGGACCCGAGGACAUGGACUAUACCGUCAAGAUCAAGUUCAGCUGGCUGGGAUUUGACCACAAGAUUACAGGAAAGCAGUUUUAUAAGCAGGUGACGACAGUGGGCAAGCGUCUUAGCGUGGAUAACACUCAGAAACAGAAAGAGCUUGCCAAAGAAGGUCACAAACUCUGCUUGUCCACCAUGGACCUGGAACUGCAGUGUGAGCCCAAGGAGGAAUCUCAGUCAUUCAUGAAGAGUAUUUUCAGUCCACUCUUCAUGUUGAGUUUGGUGACCAUGUGUGUAACUCAGCUGCGUCUCAUCUUCUACAUGGGGGCCAUGAAUAACAUCUUGGAGUCUCUCAGCGGAGGAGAUCUUAACACAGUUGAGAAAAUGGAGUUGGUGAGUCUCUACACCUCCAUUUUCGGCGUGAUGCAACUCUUGUGCUUGAUGACAACGCCGGUCAUCGGUCAGAUCAUGGACUGGAAGCUGAAAGAAUGCGAUGAUGGAGAAAUCAAUGAAAAACAGCCCAAGGAUGAGCCUCAGCCCAAACGUAGAGACAGACAGAUUCAGAAAGUCACCAACGCCACACGGGCCUUCAUCUUCACCAACAUCCUCCUCGUAGGCUUCGGCAUCACAUGCUUGAUUCCCAACCUCCCGCUUCAGAUGCUCUCGUUUGUCCUUCACACCAUCGUCAGAGGCUUCAUCCACUCUGCCAUCGGUGGACUUUACGCUGCUGUGUACCCAUCAUCUCAGUUCGGCAGUCUGACUGGAAUGCAGUCUCUGGUUAGCGCUUUAUUCGCUCUGCUGCAACAGCCUUUGUUCAUGGCCAUGAUGGGACCCCUGAAAGGAGACCCACUCUGGGUGAACGUUGGUCUGCUGGUUGUCAGUAUGCUGGGAUUUCUGUUGCCGCUCUACUUGCUCUACUUCAGGAAAACUCUGCACAAAAAGAGGAAGGAGAAAGAAAACAAUGCUAAAAUCUACCUGAAAAUCAACGGCAGUGACGUUCCAGAGGCGUUUGUGUAAAGGAAGCGGAUAAAGGGAAAGACAAAGGCAUGAGAGUAUCUCAUAUACAUAUAACAGCUGCACAAAAAACACACGAUUAAAGACUACUGUGCCUCGUUCUUAAUGAUUAAAUCGAUGGAUUUAAAAAGAGAAAUGAGAGACAGAAAGCAACAUGGGAAAUUCCGUAUCCCUUUAUAUUCAGAAGUUUCUUGUAAAGGCCCUGAUUUACUUAAACUGAAAUUGAAGAAAGAUCUGUUGUGAUGUCAUUUCAGAACAAACCAGGCUUCAUCUUAAGGAGUUUGAAUAUUUGCUUGUAAUCACCAUUUAACUAUUGGUCCGUGUUGAUGAUGCAAUAAGUGGGUGUGGCUUUGAAGCUCCACUUAUUUUAAGUUGAAUCUUCUUUUGUUCAUUUCCUCCGUUCAGCCUGAGGUCAGACGUCUGCUAGUAAAAAUAUAACAAUUGUACAGCUGCUUAACAAAAAAAAGCAACAUUGGCAUUGUUUUUCAUGUUGAAUUCUGUCUAUAAACUAUUGUAUAAAGUGCUAUUUAAAUAAACGUGACUUGACUGAAUGGAAAAGCUCGUCCAACACCCGCAUCACUAUUUUCAAAUGCUUUCUUUGCUGUUUUCUCACCUCUAACUUUGUUGUGUGUUUGUUUUGUUACAAAGCACUAAGUCAUCCUAAAGCUGCUGUCGGCAACUUGGGGAUGUUAACGUUAUUCUACUGCUCUUGUAUUUCAAACUUCUUUUUACUUCAUAAGCUUCGCUUUUAGUAUAUCGGGGCCUUAAUUCACAAACUUUUACAGAUUUUUAUUUUAUUUAAUGCAAUUACACGCGAAAAAGUUUCAACCCUGACUGUCUCUCAAUAACCUAAACCAGUUCUGCAUAUAAAUAUUUGAUUAUUAUAUGCAUUCUUCUGAAGCCUGUCUAGACAGCAAAGAAGGUGUAAACAUGCCAGAUGGCCAUUUUACCUACAAAGCAAAUCUUUACAAGGGAUUUCUAUGUAAACUAAUUCCCCUCCCACCACAAAAAUAUUAAUAAUAAUGCAGCUACACAAAGGGCCUUUUUUUAUAAAAUAAUAUUUAUAAAUAAAAAAGAUCUGACCACUUUUUAUCAUAUGGAAGCCACAAUUUAUGCAUAUCUGUUUGUAUAUAUGUUUUUUUACACUAUAUGUGCAUGAGAUGCAUUGAUAAAAGUGGCUGAACUGCUCAUGAUCUGUAGCGAGUGCCUGAUCUGGCAACAACAGCACUUUUAACAUGUCCCAUAAAACCGCUCAUGACCCAUAAUUCCCUUUUUCUGUCUUUAUCACUGGCAUUCUGUGAUUUUUCAGAGUGUGUCGAGAGUCAUUUAUGUGUCAUUGAUCGUUGGAUCAAGUUAUUAUGAACCUCCAAAGUAAAAUAUCAUAUAGAAAGCACAACCUAACUCACAAAUGUGCCUUUUAUUGUGCAGUUUACAGUGCAGUUAAAGCUGAUGAUAGCUGAUGUGAGUAUGGAGCCACGGAUACUGUGGAAGUGUGUUGGUGUUAUGUAUAAUGUAUUUAUUAUUUCUUUAAAAUCUAACAGAUUAUAUGGACAAUGCAGCCUUAUUUGCAAAUGUUGUUAUAUUAACUUACAUCUCAGUGUUGCAGUGGCUGUUUGCUUGUUUGUUAGUUUUUUUUUUCAUGUAUUGUUCUAUAUGGCAUUACUGUUGAAGAUUAUAUUCAAUAAAAUGUGUAAUUAUUGUUCA